AACCGCAUGUCGACGGCAGGCACCUGCGCUGAUGCACUGACGGGGUCAAAUCACAUUUCCUAGUACUUCCCCUGCGCAGUGCGAAUUCGUCGUACGCGUCCUCCCCCCACUCCCCAGGGAGCACACAGUUGUGAACAAUGAUCUCUCUGCUCGACCUCUCUGCGUGUCUCGCGGCGCUGUUGGCGGUUGUUGCUCUCCUCGCAUACAACUAUCCUAACAGAUGCAUUGGCACUGUGGACAGACCCGACCUGCCAGGCCCGCGAGGCUUGCCACUGUUGGGGAACAUGCUACUCGUCUUUCAGAAUCGCAAUGGCAUGCUCAGGUUCUUGGACAACAUGGAAGCGACGUACGGCCCACUGUUUACGUUCACGCUCCCGAACUGGGGCCGCAACAUCGUCAUCAAUAGGCCGGAAUGGCUGGAGCACAUGAGGAAGGGCGACACUACCAUAUACGCUAAGGGCGAGGUUGUGCGAGACGUGUUCAGUCAAUUUCCUGGAUCAACUACGCCCAUAUCCACCGAUGGGCCAGCCUGGAAGUAUGCCCGCAGAAUAAUGCAACCCAUAUUUGGCGCAAAAGCAGUCAACACUCACGCUUCGAAGGCUAUGUGCGAGAUAGUUCCGACGGUCAGAAGUUUAUUGAGAACGGCAAGCCUCCAGAAUGUGGCGAUUGAUUGGAAGGAUCUCUCCGGACGACUGGCUUUGAGUAUCUUCUGCAAGAUGGCGUUCGAUAUGCCAACAGACAUGCUCACCACCGAGCUCUCAUGUUUGAAGCAGACCAACGUCCUGUCGGACACGCUCAGCACUCUGAGCGUGAUCACAGCCGACCGAUUAUUCAACCCGGCAUGGAGAUUGACCGAACGGUUUGACGGUACGCGGAAUCGCUUCAACGCAGCAAAGGCUCGAUUAUCCGCCAUCGUGGACGACCUCAUCCGCGACCACUCUAGCUCCGGAGGCUUCAAUGCGGAAGAGAGUACCGAUUACCUCACCGCAUUGCUGGCAAGCACGGGAGAGCAAGACCUAUCUUCGACACGCGACACGCUGAUGACCUUAUUCUUCGCCGGACGAGACAGCACGCAGAACGCCAUUCUGUGGGCGCUGUACGAACUGACACGCAGUCCGGGCUGGAUUACCCUCAUGAGGGAAGAACUGGCUUCGCGGCCACCUAAAGGUGCAGAUGGCAUCAUGACAUUCGGCGAGCUGCAGAACUACCCAGUCCACCUGGCCGUUUUUUUCGAGACGCUCCGCCUUUGGCCCGGCUUGCCCAAGAAUGCGCGUGUCGCUACAGAAGACGACGUACUGCCCGCGAUCCCCGAGAAGGGCUUACCUGCGGUGAAGGUGAACAAGGGCGACUUCCUGCUUUGGUCGGACAUGGCGAUGAUGCGUAAUGAGGAUAUAUGGGGCCCCGAUGCGAAGGAGUUCAAUCCGCGUCGCCAUCUUAGCGAUGACGGUCACUUCCUGAAACCUGACACUCCCCGCUUCCACAGCUUCGGAAGCGGGCCUAGGGCAUGCCCUGCUAUGCAACUCUCGACAUACGAGUUCACAGCCAUCUUUGCAGGACUGAUCUGUGACUUCGAUUUCAUUCCUGUUCACCCGGGGUGAGGAAAUCCGUGGAUGCAUUCGCGCCAUUCAUGGACGGUCCUUUCAUGUUGGAAGUCCGCGAGAGGGUGGUUUAGUAGAGGAUA